CUGUUCUUUUGACCCCAAGGCAGGAGUGCAACCUCGCUCCUGUUCCCGUUCCAAUUGAAAAUGACACCAAAGAUGCCAACGCCAACGGGGCCGAGCAGCCCAGACCGGGAGGAAAAUGGGAGCGAGGAACCCGCAUGGUCCCGGUGGUCAGAGCUGAAAAACCAACACAAAAAAGGGCAGGAAUAAGGUACUUUUAAUUGGCUGGAAAAUAUUCUUCCUGUGAAGUUGCAGGGUUUUUUUUCUGGAGGCUUGAAUGAGUCCGGUCUGCCUUUGGCUCUGCCCAGCGCCUCCGGAUUGGCUCGGCAGCCGGCGGGGGGACCGAUAAGGGCGGCUAUAAAAGCCCCGUGAGCAGCUCUUGGUCCCCCAGCGAGCAGGAGCCGGAGGGACCAGGGCUGCGGCACGUCCCCGAGCAUCGCCAGCCUCCUUUCUCCCUCCCCGGCAUAUCCAGAUCCACAUCUUUGCUCAAGCCGGAGUGGAAGAGGAGAGAGAGAGACACACACACAUACAUACACCAAAAAAAAAAAAAAAGCCACCCAAAAAAACCCACACUUAGCGGAAACUUGUCAGAGAAUGCUCCUAAAGUCUGGUUUUCUCCUGCUGCUGGUGAUCAGUGCGUCUGCAUCCUAUGAAGCUGAACAGAAUGACUCUGUGAGCCCCAGGAAACCCAGGGUCGCAGCCCAGAACUCAGCCGAGGUGGUUCGCUGCCUGAACAGUGCCCUCCAGGUGGGCUGCGGGGCCUUCGCCUGCCUGGAGAACUCCACGUGCGACACGGACGGCAUGUACGACAUCUGCAAGUCCUUCCUCUACAGUGCUGCUAAAUUUGACACUCAGGGAAAAGCUUUUGUGAAAGAAAGCUUGAAAUGCAUUGCAAACGGGGUCACGUCCAAGGUGUUCCUGGCCAUCCGGAGGUGCUCCACGUUCCAAAGGAUGAUCUCCGAGGUGCAGGAGGAGUGCUACAGCAAGCUGGACAUGUGCGGCAUCGCGAAACGGAACCCUGAGGCCAUCACCGAGGUCGUCCAGCUUCCGAAUCAGUUCUCCAACCGGUAUUACAACAAGCUGGUGAGGAGCUUAUUGGAGUGCGACGAAGAGACUGUGAGCGCCAUCAAGGACAGCUUGAUGGAGAAGAUCGGGCCCAACAUGGCGAGCCUGUUCCACCUGCUGCAGACGGACCACUGCGCCCAGGGCCACCCGCGCGCCGACUUCGCCCGCAGGCGCCUCAGCGAGCCGCAGAAGCUAAAACUCUACUUCAGGAACCUGCGAGGUGAGGGCUCCGUCCCGGCCCAUGCCAAGCGCAGCUCGGCCGAGAGCGCUUGACUUCACCCCGGAGCAUCACUGGGUGUGAGAGGGAUGCUGAGCGCUACCAAAGCUGAAAAAAAGUCUCUCUUCUAGAAGAGUAAUGCACCCAACCCCAAGUUGUACUGUAGCUAGUUUUAAUAACAACCAGGAACUGGUUUUAGGUUUAGUCAUUAAUAUUUUCUAUUCCUCGCGAACAAAACUUUUUGCAUGGGUCUGUGUUCAGUGUCUCAGCUUUCCCGCCGUCAAAAUGUCUCCGUAUCUCUUUUCUUUCCCCACAAAAAGAUACCCCGAACGAUCGUAGUCUUAACUAGAACCGUACAGUAGUCAGGCCUUGAGCCGCCAAACCCAAAACGUACUGUAGCGCUAACGCAAGAGAUUUAGCGCCGAGGAGAGCGGCGGAUUCUCUCCCGUAGUGAGCUGGUGGGCGGCGAUAGAUGCACUAAUGACUAUUGCACAUCCCAGAGGUGGCAAUGGAAUUUGUGUUAUGAAUCUGUGCUGGCCAUGGACAAAUAUGAAUGUCAUAUUCCUGGUCUCUUAGUGUCCUGCAGUCCUAAUCCUUCCAACGCAGCUCCGCUGCCCCCUGGACUUACCCAGCUCGCGUGCUGUGGAAUGGUCUGGUUACCGUGACCUGGCACCGCGGUGCAAAGUGAGUUAAAUUCACCCCCCCGACACACACCAAAUCAGGAAAGGAACAUCUUGUGCUGCAGAAAUGGUUAAAAGAGGUGCCAGUCUGUGGUUAAAGUGAGUCAGAAGGUUACAUCACCCUGCAUUGUAUUUAAAAGCUAACAUCUAUGUACUGUAUUUAACUGUCUAAAGCUUUAAAAGAAAUCUAACAAGAAACAAACCCUGUCUUAAGACUAGAGUAUUAAAGGUCUUGCUCUAACUGUGGUAUAAAUAGUUUUAAAAUCUGUCAUGUACUGUACAUAAAUUCCGCGAGAGUCUGCUUAAAAGGAGCAGAAUAUAAUAACUAUUGCAUAAACUUAGUUUUGUAAGUUAGCUAUUUCUUUUUAUUUUUAAUUCUUUUUUCCUGGAAACAGUAUCUCUGUCAUACUCAAGAGUUCACAUUCUACUCUGUGGCCUUUUUAUAGUGGAAGAGAGAAAAUGUUGAAGGCAGAAAGGCCGGGCCCGGGAGCAAGCCUGUUCUCUCAUGCUUAAAAUGGAUGGAAAGUAAUGCAAAUAGAGCUGAGCCUGGCCAGUCCUAUCUCCGUGAGCCGUGCUUAGACCCAGCCUUGAGUGCUGCUGGAGAGCUAAUAAAGGAGGGAUCUAUUUUUUCUUUUCGAAACCUAAAGCAAUAUAACUUCUUUUCUUUUCUUUUUUUUUUUUUUAAACCACAAAGCCUUUAAACAAUAACUUGCUGCUAAUAUAUUGAAACCAGAUGCAGUGGCAGCGUUUCUAAUAUUGCUGUCUUCAUUAAAUGUAGCCCAAAAGUGCUGUCAGAAAAUGGUAAGCGGCAAAAGAAACGUUGCUGACGGUAGAGGGUUAUUUUAUUUUGGUUUUCUUUUGUAAUACUCUGCAUCGCGCCGUCCGGGCCAAGCGAGAUGCACUAUUGCUCGUGCUUCAAUGGGUCAGGUAGGCAGAGCCCAACACCAAGACGUUGUGCAAGGUGAAAACCAAAUAGCGUCACCCUGGCAGUUGGAUUUGUGCUCCGGAACCCACGGGGUGGUUAAACAGGGAAAGCUGGGCUUUGUUGCUAUUAGACAACAAGGUCUUUCCCUGGCUGGGGUGCUGCUGGGGAAGAGGGUGACACCAAACCUUUGGGUUGGCAGAAUGAACUUGAGUUUUCCAGCUUCUCGUCCCCUUAAUGCGGGCGGGAAGGUGACUGGGGAAAUAAAACCAUUCCCCAUUGGAUUUUUCGGUUAGCUCCGAUGGCGCGGGCGAGCGGCCCCCGUGCAAACCAAAGCUCUGCCCCGCGUUCCCAGCUGUUCCAGCUGCCCUUUCCCCCUAUGCCGAAGCCACAAGCGCAAAUCCAUGGGACUGAACAGCCCGGGGUUCACCUUGCCCAACUUUGGCCAUUCAAGCUGGUCGCUUAAAGCUCCUUCUCACCGGGGAGGGGAAAACGCUUCCCGUCCACUGGGAAAAUCCUAAUUAUAGGUGAGAAACAUCCCCCUGGGAUGGGGGGAGAUUCUCAAUACCAAGUCCAGCUAUUUCACCAUGUAUUGAACCUCUUCAGGCUUUAUUUUUUUAACCUUGCAUUCAUUGCAAAAAUGAUUCUUCUCUUGGGGGCGGGGAGGGGCUUCUCUAGAACCGUUUGCAUGAUUCUCCUUGUGAUUUGUUUGCACUUUAGAUGUUUUGUGCCAUUAUAAAUUUGCAUUAUGUAUUUAUAAUUUAAAGAUACUUAGAAGGGGGAGAGAGUUUGGGGUUGUUUUCUUUUUUUGCUGAGUACUGGAAUAAACAGUGAGCAUAUCUGGUAUAUGUCAUUAUUUAUUGUUUAAAUUACAUUUUUAAAGCUCAGUGUGUUCAUAUAAAGGUUAUUUGAAACAUAUCAUAGUAAUGAGAAAGAUGCAAGUUAUUUUCUUUGCUUAUUUUUAUAAUUAAAGAUGCAUAACGUAACGAGGCCUAUGUUGGAUUUUCUUCCGCAAUGAAAUAAAAUGUCAAAUUUAAGGGG